UUGAUGCUGGAAGAUGAGUGAAGCAACUAGCUAGUGACUGACAACAACAUUACAGCAUAUGUUGUGGCGCUAAUAUGCUGUAAAAAGAAACCCCAGACAAAUAAAGACGUUCCGGGGCACCUUCUUGGUUCCGCAUGCUUGGCAUACAAGCUAAGAAGAGAAUACAGUUCAUCCGUGGGGUUUUGCUAAUAACAAACGCUAGCAUGUGCUGGAAGGAUGUGUGAUUGAAACUGUCAAAAAUCAACUAAAAACAUCAUCUCAAUAGGGCUGAGGUAGCACUGCCACCAUGUACUCCAGCCCCAACAACCGCAUGAAGUCCAGCAGCAGCAGCAGCAGCAGCAUCACUGAGCUGCUGGGGGCCCUGUGUGACAGCAGCCUGUCUGGGGUGUCAUGGAAACGCCGGGCCCUCGGUGGAGUCUCACGGGACGGUUUCCACCGAGCUCUGAAGAAGUGUGCCUACGGCGCCCUGCUGUCCAAGCUAUUUCAGGAUGACACCAAAGGGUCUGCCUCAGGAGCCCCGAGCGCCACAGCCAAUACACCGGCCAAAAACAAAAUCCUCAUGAUAAGUUUUGACUUGCGGGUAGCAGGGUGCCGAGAGGAAGCGGAAAGGUUGGAAGAGAAACUGGGGAUGCUGAUGGAGGGAGAAUCCUCUGGACUGAAGGAAGUAGAUGCAGUCCUUGAGCUCUUGGUACAUCUUGCUGGGUCUGCACCUCCACCUCCUACCUCUUUCAGUAGAGACUACAUGAGACGGGAGAGGCCCGUGUUGCGGAGGCCCCCCCCCUGGAGCUACCAGAGCGAGGAGCUGCAGAGGCUCGAGGCCCAGGCGUGGGGUCUAGUGUGUGGAGAGGAAUGGAGGAAUUUGGAGAGUUUGUGUGGAAAUCAGAGGUUGAUGGAUGCUCCUCCAAGCACAGGACUGCUGGCUCUGAGAACUAAAUUAGAAGUGGAAGAAAGAUUUGAGAGGGAGACCAGGAAGACACUGUUUGGAGCGCUGCAGCACACUCGCACCUCAGACAUUGACAUAAGACUAGACCUCCCUCCUGUUCCCAGUAAUAUUGAUGUUACUGGACUGGCUUUAAAGAUCCCCACAUGUUUAGAUCAGUCUGAGGAUGAGGGCUUCCAGUCAGCUUCCAACAUGACCCCAGACUCUCAGUCAGAGACCAGCCCCGUUCCAGAUGUUGAUAUAUGGGAGGCUCUCCGCACGUUCGAGCCUGGGAGACGCCGCUGCUGGGAGUCUGUUGGCUGCCCACCGGGGAAAAGAGAGUCCCUUUAUCUGACAGAGGGAGGCAGGGAGUCCUUUGACCAGCUCUAUCGUCUGUGGGAGGGGGAGAUGAGGGUGGUCAGCACGGCGACCCCCUCUCCUCUCCUCCCUCUGCCCCUGGACACUCAGGCCCAGCUGGUGUUCGACCUCCUCAACGUCUUGAUCGGAGUGGCCUCCAUUACCUUCCCUCUCAACCAGAGCGUUCAGUUUGACGUCAGACCGGGUGUGUGUGUGUCCGGAGCGUCUCCAGAGAGUGUGUCUCGUCUCUUGGGGGAGCUGGCCCACUACGGCACCCACUACCUAAGGCUAAGUCGCUUUUCUCUGCAGUGUGCUGACAAAAAAGGCCUUGUCUUUCAGGCUUUUACAGGUGGUCUGCGGAAGUAUCUGCAUUACUACAGGGCUUGUGUUCUCAGCACUCCCCCCACCCUUAGCCUGUUGACUAUUAGCUUCCUGUUCCGCAAGGUGGGCCGCCAACUAAGGUAUCUGUCGGAGCUGUGCUGUGUGGACGGACCUUUAGGUGCUGGCCAGGCUACCUUCCCCGUGGGGGUUAAAUUGAUGUCCUACCUGUACAACGAGGCACAAAAUAACUGCAGCAACGAGAACUACCCGGUGCUGCUGUCGCUGCUGAAGAGCAGCUGUGAGCCGUACACACGGUUUGUGUCUGACUGGGUGUAUAGCGGCGUGUUCCGUGAUGUUUAUGGAGAAUUCAUGAUACAAGUCAAUGAGGAAUAUCUGGGUUGCAGAGACAAACACUUCUGGGUCCAAGGCUACACUCUGAUCUCCAACGAUGUGGAGGAUUGUGUGCCCGUCUUCCUGAGACACAUCGGCAAUGAUGUGUACGUCUGCGGAAAGACAAUUAACCUCCUCAAGAUCUGCUGCCCACAGCACUACAUCUGCUGGUCGGAGCUUCCGGUGCCUCGCAUCGCCGUCACCUUCUCCCUCCAGGAGGUGGAGGUGAUCGAGAGGGACUGUGCUGUGUACCGAGGGCGCAUGGAGAGGAUCGCUAAGCACAGCGCCAUCAGCAGGGAGGAGCAGGCCCAGCGAGUGGAGCGGGCGCGCCAGGAGCUGAUCAAUCAGGUCAGAGAGUCGACAGUCAAAACCCUGGAGAGCAUCCGCGGGCGCCAGGUGUCACAACGUCUGGCCGAGGAAGCCAAGAAGAGAGAGCGUUUUGAUGAGCUGAAGCAGCACCUGGAGCAGGAGCAAGAGUGGCGAAAUGUUGCUGUGAAGAGACAGCAGGGGGACGACUUCAGCUUUGCCAGAGAGCUGAGGGACAGAGAGCAGAGACUACAGGCCAUGGAGGAGCAACUGGAGCAGAGAGCCAGGAAAGAGCUGAUAGCUCAGUACAGCCGUAUGUCAGAGGAGGCAGCUCGCAGAGAGAGGCGGGCCAUGUGGCGGGUGCAGCGACUGAGACUCGAUGAAGCCCGAUCUCAGUUUGUCAUGCGUGACAGGCAGCAGGUUCAGGGAAUUCUCGAGAAAUAUCCUUUAGGCCAGGAGAGACCUCCCAUGGAAGUGUUUCAAGCUGUUCCCUCAGUGCAACAGACUGCACCACAACCAGCACUGGAAUCUCCCACUCAGGACCCGCCUGAGCAGCAGCCAGCGGAGACUCAAGAAUCUCAUGCUGCCUCACCACCACCUCACCGAUCCUCAACCAACCCCCGUACAGCAGACCCUGCCCUUAUCUCUGAAAAUAUCGACAUCAAUGACUUCCUCCCCAAGUCAUCGAAUGCCUCCAGCGAGCAGGUGGACUCUGCCUUACAGGAGAUUGGCUCUGAGCUACCUGAAGUGUUUCCUACAGCACAGCUAGUAGACUAUGACUUCAGUGCCCCCUUUAGUCCACUGGAGGGUAUCACUGGCCAAGCCUCAGUCCAGCCCCGGCCUCGCUGGGGACCUGCAGGCCAGCCUGACAUGAUCCAAAACCAUCCCUCUUUUUCUCACAUCCCAAUAGGAGAGAACAUUUCUCAAGUCCAGGUUGGCGUCCCCAGAGCCAGCCCCUUUGGCCAAGCCUCCAAAUCCAGCUUUCCUCUGGGCCAAUACACCCCAGAAGGGCCCCAAACAUCUACUUCUACAGCAAGCAUUUAUGGACAUCCCUCUCAAGCCUCAGUGCAGCUGGUGGAUGGGAGUGGCUCUAUGACUGACAACAAGCAGAAGGAAGUUGCGUCUAUGUCAGAACAGAAGACUGAAACAAGGAGUUUAGAAACUAUAGUAGAGGGAAAUAAAGAAAACGCUAAAUCUGUCGACGAUUAUGUGUUCGAUGCUUUGCCGACCUACAAACCAGAGCUAAGUGGCAAAGCAGAGACAAGUCUUUCUGAUUGUGGUAAGAUUGUUCUACCUGAUGGAAGCGCUCAAAAUAAAGCUGAUAAUAUUUCAAUGCCAAACACUCAGGUCUCUGGAGAGCCAGUUUUCGACGCGGUUGCCCAGCAGCCUUCACUUAACACCCACGGCCAUUCCUCUGAUUCCCACAUACAGAUCGGACAGCUUGUAUCAGAGGUAGCUGCUCCUCUUCCAUCCCAUAAUGUCCACGGGCAUGUAUCAAAUUCACACAUGAUGAUUGGAGAACAUGCUUCAGAAGUUGAAGCCCCUCUACCUUCCCACAGUGUCCACGGUCACUCUUCUGAUGCACACAUUAAAGUCGGGGAAAAUGUUUCAGACUUUGUCGCUGCUUUUCCUUCUCCAAAUGUCCACGGCCAUGCGUCAGAUGACCACUUUAUAGUCGGCGAAAAUGUCUCAGAUUUUGUCGCACCACUUCCUGUUCACAGCAUCCACGGUCACUCCUCGGAUGCUAAUAUAAAAGUGGGUGAGUUUGUGUCGAACGUGACCGAAGCAACACCUCGUGCGAGUAAACAUGGGCAUGCAUCAGACGGUAUACUUCGACCAGGCUGUGUGGUAUCAGGAGAUGAAGCCACCUCUCCUUCACUACCUGGAAGCACUUUUGGUCACUCCUCGGACUCAGGGUUGAGGGCUGGAUGUGUAGUUUCAGGGGACGAAGCCAAGCGUUUCCCUAUACCCGGCAGUGCCCACGGUCAUGCUUCAGACUCACAUAUAGCCAGUGGAUGUGUUGUGUCGAAAACUGAACCACUUCCAUCACCGGUACCCGGCAGCGCCUACGGCCACUCCUCGGAUUCGACGCUGGGGGGGGGUUGCGCGGUCUUAGGAAAAGAGCUGCAACCCUCUGUACUACCAGGCAGCACUUAUGGCCACUCAUCAGACUCUUCACUUGCGGCUGGGUGUGUGGUGAAGGGUGAUGGCAUCCUGAAUCAGCAGAAGACAGAAGACAAUGAAGACGGUAAAGGGUUCACAGAGUCCUGGGCAGCCGGCUUUGGUUUGUCUCCUGGAGAAAAGUCUGAGCAGGAAUACCUCUUGGCUUUGUGUGCUCAGUACGAGGUGGAACAAUAUGAAGACUGCUACAACCUGAUGGCUUCGUCCCCUGAGUGUCAGCUGUUGAAGCAGGUGACUCGCGGCCCCUGGGGUUUCCCUAUGGACCCCACGCUCUGCAAAGCCACAGACACCACCGCCGUCCAGCUCAGCGAGUUGGUUUCACUGCCAGUUCUGAUAAAACAGGCCGUCACCACGCCGCUCACCACACAUGUCUCUCUGGUGAACAAGGCUGUGGUGGACUACUUCUUUGUGGAGUUAGGGGUGGAGAGACACUUUGAGGCGCUGCGCCAUUUCCUGCUGAUGGAGGAUGGCGAGUUCGCACAGUCCCUCAGCGAUCUGCUCUUUGAAAAGCUGGGCAGUGGGCAGACCCCCGGGGAGCUGCUGACCCCCUUCGUCCUGAACUCCAUUCUCAGUAAGGCCCUGCAGUACAGCUUACACGGAGACACACCGUUAGCGGGCAACUUCACCUUCGCCCUGCGCUUCCUCCCAGAGACCUUCCACCCGCACGCCCCCGACUCCCUCAACUGUCUGGAGCUGCGCUACAAGGUGGACUGGCCGUUGAACAUCAUCAUCACGGACAGCUGCAUGAACAAAUACAACCGACUGUUCUCGUUUGUGCUGCAGCUCAAACACAUGGUGUGGAGCCUCCGCGAGGUCUGGUUCCACCUCAAGAGGACAGCUCUGGUGAAAGGUGCGGGCCGCUCGGUGCAGUUUCAUCAGCUGCAGCUCUACAGACAUGAGAUGCAGCAUUUUGUUAAAGUGAUACAGGGAUACAUCACCAACCAGAUCCUGCAAGUGUCCUGGAUGGAGUUCACUGCCAAACUGGCCACUGCUAACGACCUGGACGCCAUCCACCGCACGCACGCAGACUACCUCAACAGAGCCAUCUUCAGGGGUCUGCUGACGGAGAAGGCGGCCCCCGUCAUGAACAUCAUCCACAGCAUCUUCAGCCUCAUCCUGAAGUUCCGGGCGCAGCUGAUCGCACAGCCCUGGGGCAGCCAGCAGGGGGAGGCGGUGCACCCCAGCUUCAUCGCUAUGCAGCAGUCCUACAACACCUUCAAGUACUACUCACAGUUCCUCUUCAAAGUGGUGACCAAGCUGGUGAACCGGGGCUACCAGCCUCACCUGGAGGACUUCCUGCUGCGCAUCAACUUCAACAACUACUACAAAGACUCCUGAGCUCUGUUCUGGCGUGUGUGUCAGCUGUAGGCAUAGAUACUUAUCCAAUGAACCUUCGUGUACCGUGUGUGUUUACAUUUUUAGAAUCCCUGAAAUGUGUUUAAAGGAAACAUAAUCAGACGUGUGAUAAAUGCAGUUCCUCUGGCCUUCAUUUCACUGUUCAAAAUAUAUUCAAAAACCCACCGGUGCUUUAUAUUAGAGCAUGCGUUUGACAUUAACGCCAGUUUAAGUAAUGAAUGUGCAGGAUCUGAACGACAUGCCUGCGCUUGAUUAAUGGCUUUGCUUCUGGACUCUCUGUAUGCUGCCAACGUUUGUAAAGAUGCCUACUGUAAAGUCUCCGCUCAGGUGUUCUUCCAGCUGUAUAGAAUAUAAGUGCAUAUAUAUAAUGUAUUAUGUAAAUACAAAAGCAAAAUGACUUCUUUUUUUUCUAGUUUUGAUGCUUAAGUACUUUUGUGAAGAAAACACAUUUGUGUAAAAAAGCUACUUGUAUUUAUUCAAGAUUGUAUGUUAGCAUUUAUUUAAGAAAACUAGGACAAAUAAGGUGUAAAGCAUUAUGGGUAAUGGAUUGUGUCAACCUUGGCUAUUCAUAAAAGUAGAGGGCAGUAUUUACUGUGUAACUGAAAUCUAUUUUCUACACCAUGAGUACCCAGAGUUCUCCUGAUGUUGCUUUCACUUUCAAGGGCAAGCAUUCAACAAGAAUAAGCAGCACAGCAGUAACACGUUUAAUGGGCUGCAGCAAGAAGAGGAUUUAUUUUAUUGAAUGGAUGGUUUAGUUUAAAAAAACGUUAUCAUAUUCAUAAAUCAGGAAUAGGACAAGCUUGUGUAAGUCGAACAGGAAAGAAAUUCGGAGGCUCUUGUGGACUGCAGGUUAGUUUGCAAAGCUUUAGUUUUAUUAACGGUGUGAUUGAAGCGUGUCAACCAGCACCUGAAGAAGAACAGGGCAAACAUACUGGAUGGAUGAAUUGUUCUUUAAAGCAUCAGAAGACCUGCCAAUACGCAUUUACAUCAGGCAACAGGAAGAGAAAUGGUUAACCGUCGCCACUUAAAGCAAAAGUUUGACAUUUAGGGAAACACGCUCAUUAUCUUAGUGUAGUAACAUGGAUACUGUGACCCUUUGACAACAAUAUUUUCAUUAAGAGUACCACACCACCUUAAUCAUCAAAUGUAUUCACUUUUCAAGGACUCCCCAGGUCCAAUUAUUUUCAGAUUGAAGGACCCAAUAGGAAAUAGUCUGAGACGUGGUUCAAGGUUAAUUACCAUUACAGUUUCAUAAUGAGAAUGAGCAGGCUUCACAAAAAGCUUCAGGCAAAGGCCACAGAGAGAGGCUUGAACAUAUGAACAUGUCUCCAUUGUGCUGUGAGAGUCGUGUACUCUCUUGCCUUCACUAGAACAGCACUAAAGAGGGACGCUUUCAUUAUACUUACAGUAAGAGUUUGAGGAGAUAAAUACAAAAACUUCAAUUUCCAUUAUUGAUCGGAAUAUGUUGUAACGCUCCAUGUCUCUUCAAAAGCUUUUAACACCUGUUUUUAGUUUAUCAAUCUUUUCUUCUUACACCAGAUAGCAAAUGUACCCAUUCCCCAAAUGUCAAACUAUUCGGUAGAUUACAAUGAGUAGUGACAAAACAUACUCAUAAUUAAUGAUUUCACCAGAAGAACAGACAGUCCUUGAGGAAAUAUCCAGACUUAUUCCGUGUUUAAUAUGUGAUUACGCCAAGAAAUCUGAUAGAGUGAAAAAAAAAAAAGCAGACAGACACUCAAUGGUCAACACAAUGUAACUUUCACGAUCAACGUCAAGUCAGUGGUUAUGACCCCGUCUGUAUUACAGGUACAAAAACACUUUCAUCUUUCAACACCACCGUCCAUUAAUAUCAUAACAGCUCAAAUUGACUAAAACCGAACAUGGACCCAAAGGGGACGGGUCGCCUGCCUUCCUUUAAUCUUCCUGUAUUCAAACGUACAUUAUACCCCACUGCCUACAUGCGUUACCGUGACAUUUAUUUUAAUAUUACAGCUCAGCGCUCAGUGUAGUUUUAAUAUUCUGCGACGGGACGGAGAGAACGCCAUUAUUUAAUCAUGCACCGCAUUAGUCCUAGCAUAUUGACUCUGAAAGCUUUUAAUGCAGCCGACUGAUUAAACACCAUAUAGACACUCGCACGGCUCGUAUUUACAAAACGCCUUAAAGAAACCUAGCCCAACCUACUAAAUAUUAUUUGGCUGCUUGAGGAGAACCUUGCAUACAGAUCAUCUUAAGACUUGCUUUGUAUAGGUAGUGGUUAUAACAAAAAAA